AUGGAUCGGCAGAGAAAGCGGGAGCUCCGCAGUCUCAAUGAGAGAGCCUGGGCGGGUGAGAAUGAUGUAUUCCCUGUCAGCAAAUCUCUCGACUCCUCCCUGAAGAAAAACACCGCUUUCAUCAAGCGUCUUCGCACCGGAAUCAACACCGCCGCUCAACAAACCUUCCUCACGGAUAUCCGCACCCUAACUCUCCACAAGUACCUCUCGGAGAUCAUCUCAGCCUGCUACGAGGGCCUCACUAAACUCAAAUCCCCCGGCGAGAUCGCCGCCGGAGUCGAAGUCACCAGCGCGCUGCAUCAGCGGUUCGGGCCUGCGGAGUUCACACGGCAGAUUGGCUGGCUACUAGGGCGGGGGUUGAGUUCACCGGAGAAAAGCCAGUUGAAGGCUCUGAGCCUGGAGGUGCGUGAGCGCGAGGAAAAAGAACGACUUUCGCGGCAUAGAGUGUUACUGAGGGUUGUUACGGAGCUUUGGCUCGUGGGUGUGUUGAAGACACUCGAUGAUAUUGAGCGGCCAGAGGAUCUCGGGGCGAAGGGGAAAGAAGGAGCUGUUGGGAUUGGUAGCAAGGUGGCUGAUGGGGUGUUGAAGAGUAAGACUACGGCGCCUUCUGUGGCCAAGGAUGGAGAUCGCGAGCCGGAACCGUUCCCCUUGGAGGUUCUGAAGGAUCUUCUGGGGCAUGAUCGGGACCAUGCGAAUUUGCCACUUGCGGUGUUGUUUGCGAAAAGCUUUAGCUGGGAUGUUCUUGGUGUGAAGGCUGUUGAGGAGGGCAGGAAGACGGUUGAGGCCGACGGAGCUACGCAGCCUGAGACGCAGAAUGAUGAUGGAUUGGCGGAUGAGAUAUCGGGCGAAGAUGAUGCACCACUGAGUUCCGACAAGAUGCAGCUUCGCUUUAAGAGUAUUCUGAACCGGUAUCUGGAAGAUGUCAAAGCGCAUGUUGUUCGAGAUCAGAGAGCGCUGGCUGCUCAGAACCGCCGCAAUGCGGAGGCAUAUGUGAAAAGUGGUGAGAUUUUCGAGGACCGGCAGGCGAAUUUCGAAAAACAGACCAAGUCCCUGGAGAAGCUCAUUUCGAACACCCAGGUCUUGUGUGAGAUACUUGGCGUGGAAAUGCCUGCCUUGGCCGAGCAGGAAGCUACAGACCCUACUUCAGGUGGUGGUAUCGGUCUGGUGAAGACAUCCGAGUAUCUGCGAGGACAAGGUGAGGGAGCUGGUAUCUGGGAGGAUGAAGAAGAGCGACGCUUCUAUGAAAACUUGGUUGAUCUGAAAGGAAAGGUUCCGGCUGUUCUGUUGGAGGAUGGUAGGAAGAAGAAACCCGAAGAGACUUUGAAGAAGAAAGACGGUGAGCCCGAGACAAGCGCGGCGGAAACCUCUAUAGUUCCUGAAGACAGGGCUACCGAGGCUGAUGAUCAAUCUACCGCUAUUGUGAGCAAGACUGUUGGGGCCCAGGUCGAUGCUCUCUUGACCAAACUUCCGGACUUGCAGACAAAAGAUCAAGUUGACCAGCUAGCCCUCGACUUUUGUUUCCUCAACUCGAAGGCAUCACGGAACAGGCUCAUUAAAGCCGUUUCGGAUGUUCCAAAGGGCCGUAUCGACCUUCUGCCUUUGUACUCGCGCCUGAUCGCAACUCUUGGCCAGUAUAUGCCGGAUAUUCCCCAAGGCUUGACAACGUAUCUUGACGAAGAGUUCCGCAGCCUCCAGCGCCGCAAAUCGAAAGAAUUCCUUGGUCAGGUGCGAAUGAGCAAUGUCCGUUAUCUUGCGGAGUUGACCAAAUUUGGAGUUGUUCCCGAGCACAUCAUUUUCCACUGUUUCAAAGUCUCUCUGGACGAUUUUUCCCGCAUGAACAUUGAGAUCAUCGGUCAUUUGCUGGAAAACUGCGGGCGUUACCUGUUCCGAAACCCAGACACCGCCCCGAGAAUGGCCUCUUUCCUGGAGACUCUUGGAAGGAAGAAAACAGUUCAGCAUUUGGGCCAACAAGAACGCAUGAUCAUUGAGAAUGCGGUCUACUACGUUGACCCGCCUCCACGGCCAGCAAUCCAGCAGAAGGAGCGGACCCCUAUGGAGGCGUACAUUCGGAGGAUUAUUUACUUGGACAUGAACAAGCGUAACUACACGAAGAUCUUAAAAUCUGUCCGGAAACUCCACUGGGAGGAACCCGAGGUCGUCGAUAUUCUGGAACGUGUUUUCAGCAAACCUGCCAAGGUCAAGUACGGCAAUAUUCACCUGCUUGCCAUUCUUGUCAGCGCUCUGUAUAGAUACCACCAAGGCUUUGUCAUUGGGGUUGUAGAUAAUAUUCUGGAGUAUAUCACGCUUGGACUUGAGCAGAACGACUUCAAGUUCAACCAGAAGCGUAUCGCAGAAGUUAAAUAUCUUGCGGAGCUGUACAACUACAAGAUGAUCGACUCGCCUGUCAUUUUCGAUACUUUAUAUAGGAUCGUCACGUUUGGUCAUGUAGAAGGCGGAACACCUAUUCCUGGAAGGAUCAACAUGCUGGAUAUGCCAGACGACUUCUUUCGGAUUCGUUUGGUAUGCACGCUUUUAGAUACUUGUGGACACUGCUUCGAUCGAGGCUCUGCAAAGAAGAAGCUAGAUUUUUUCUUGACUUUCUUUCAGUACUAUCUCAGCACAAAAGACCCCCUUCCGAUGGAUAUCGACUUCCUUGUCCAGGAUACCUUCUCCUUAACUCGUCCUCAGUGGAACCUAAUUACUGAUCCGGAUGAGGCUACUCGUGUAUUCGGCGAGGCCGUAGCCCAGAAUUUCAAAACACAAGAUUCGGAAAAAGCUGGGGAACCAGAUGACGUGGAUUCUGAGAGCAGCGCAUCGGAUGAUGACCUCGAGGAAGAUGGCAUCCCUGAAGUGGAGGAUGACCAGGAACUAAGCGACGAAGCCGAGGUAUCUGGAAACGAGCAAAACGACGACAGUGAGUCGGAAGAGGAGCAGAUCUUCGUCACCCGUCAAGAAGAGGAACGUGAUCCUGUAGCCGAGGCAGAAUUUGAUCGCGAGUUCGAGAAGAUGAUGGCGGACAGUGUUGAGUCUCGACGGUUUGAGCGUAAAGCUAUUUUCGAUAUUCCCCUGCCAAUGAAGCGGUCUGCCCAGGCGGCGGAAGCUGGUGGUACUCCCCAGCCCCAGCCACAGCCACAGCCACCGCAAACAAAUACCAUGGCUUUCUCGUUGAUGACCAAGAAGGGAAACAAGCAACAGACCCGUACUAUCGAUCUCCCGUCCGAUUCUACGUUUGCAGUCGCGAUGAGGAGCCAGCAACAGGCAGACCGUGAAGAACAGCAACGAAUCAAGAACUUGGUUCUGAACUACGAGAUGUCCAACGAUGCCGAGACCACCGAGGGUAAAGACUACUUUCUCUAUCUAUUCCGAGUUCCCCUUCUAAUGAUUUCUAUCUUCUUAGCCGCGGAAAGACGUUCUCCACACCGCGACUCCAGACUUGACAAGUCAGGCGGAACACGCUCCGCCUUCCGAUCCCGUAAACUGCAACUCAGCGACGUGAACUGGUAA